AAAACCUUGGAGACUGGAGAGCUGAACACUCCCAAUAUUGCUUAAUGAAAAGAGAAGUGGAUUUUUCUGUUUGAUCUUCAUUUUCUGUAUACUGCUUAACAUUUUGGGAUACUGUUGAUUGUAGUUUGCCUGAUUUGGGAACAAACUGAAGCUCCACCAACUCUGAUUCAGAGGCAUCUGUCCUGGUUGAGGACUCCAUCCACCCAUGAGAUGAAGUUGUAUUUUGUAUCAUCCAGGAGAGACUUUUCUGGAUACAGAAGAAGAUGAACCACCUUAUUCUACUUUUCUCAUUGUUCUUGGCUCCAGCAUUUGCUGACAAAGAAAGUCAGAAAACAAACCAAAACUUUUCUUCAAACAAUGCCAGUCAUAAACGACUGAAGAGAGACUGGAUAUGGAACCAAAUGCAUAUCAAAGAAGAGAUUGAUACACCAUUACCACACCAUGUUGGCAAGAUCACAUCAAGUGUAAGGAACAACAACGCUAAGUAUAUUAUUGAAGGUGAAUAUGCCAACACCAUUUUUAAAGUGGAAGAAACCAGUGGUGAUGUAUAUGCAUUUGAGAGGCUAGACAGAGAAAAGAAAGCAGAGUAUGAACUGACAGCUCUCAUUAUUGACAGAAGGAACAACCAGUCACUGGAACCCCCGUCUAAAUUCAUUAUCAAGGUUUAUGAUAUUAAUGACAAUGUCCCUGUGUUUGUGCAAAAAGUUUUCAAUGGAUCUGUCCCAGAAAUGUCACCAGUAGGAACCUCUGUCACCAAAGUGACAGCUGUAGAUGCUGAUGACCCAACAGUUACAGGUCAUGCCACAGUUACCUACCAAGUCAUUAAAGGAGACGAAUACUUCACAGUUGAUGACUCCGGUGUGAUUUCUACAACAAGGGCUGAUUUAGACAGAGAGAACCAAUCAACAUAUGAAAUUAUUGUUAAAGCAAAAGAUGCACCAGGGUCUUCUGGGGAUUCAAGCACAGCUACAGUCAUUAUCACUUUAACCGACAUCAAUGACAACUUCCCAGUAUUCAAACACCCAUCAUUUCACUUUAAAGUUCCUGAAAACAUUUCAGUAGGAGGAGAAGUUGGCAGAGUCAAAGUAGAAGAUGUUGACGAACCACAACAUAGAAAUACAAAAUACAGUUUUGUCAGAGGAGAUUACAGGGACACCUUUGAAAUCGUAGCAAAUCCAUUCACAAAUGAAGGAAUCAUUAGGCCAAAGAAGCCCCUGGACUUCGAAAAAGUAGCAGAAUACAGGUUUGACAUUGAAGCAACAGAUCCCACAGUUGAUCUUCGUUAUUUUAAAUCCGGUGGCUCUAGGAGCAUUUCAACAGUCACCAUUGAAGUCACUGAUGUUGAUGAGCCUCCCGUCUUCACUAAACUACCAUAUGAAUUUAAAGUAAGGGAAAAUGAUCCAGAAAUAAGAACACUCGGUUCAGUUUGGGCACACGACCCUGACGCAGCUAAACGGAAAAUCAGAUUUAUUCGACGAAGAGCUAGUCCUAAUGGAGACUAUAUUAGGGUAUCCGAUACUGGAAUUAUUCAGCUUCCCAAGCCCCUGGACAGAGAAUUCAGUUCCUCAUACAACAUCACUGUAGCGGCUCAGGAAAUCCUUGAAGAUGGCCAUCUUUCUGACAGAGAAUCACAUGCCCAAGUUCACGUAAUAGUUACUGACGAAAAUGAUAAUGCUCCAGAACUUGUUUAUCCUGAGGAACCCAGAGUGUGUGAAAAUGCUGCACCAGGAAAGGUAAUCAUCAGGAUUUCAGCUACUGACAAGGAUGAAAUAUCACCUAGAGGUUUCUUCAAAUACUCCCUGGCCACAGAAGAUAGCAACUUCUCCUUGGUUGAGAACUACGAUAACACAGCUAAUAUCACUGUCAAAUAUGGACAGUUUAAUCGUGAACUUGCCAAAAUCCACUACCUGCCCGUCAUCAUCUCAGACAAUGGUGAUCCUGAGCUCAGCAGCACAAAUACACUUGUCAUCAGUGUCUGCAAGUGUAAUGAAAAAGGCAACUUCACUUUUUGUGAGGAAAGAGCUGAACAAGUUGGAGUUAGUAUACAAGCACUGGUGGCAAUUUUUAUCUGUAUCUUCACAAUCAUUGUAAUCACAUUGCUAAUUCUUCUAAGAAAGAGACACAAGAAGGAUUUGAGCGGUCUUGGGAGGAAUGUGGCAGAGAUUCAUGAGCAGCUUGUCACUUAUGAUGAAGAAGGUGGUGGUGAAAUGGAUACCACCAGCUAUGACGUAUCUGUACUCAACUCUGUCCGCAAGAAUGGUAUAAAGCUGGAAGCAGUUCCCUCUCCAUAUGCACAAGUCCAAAAGCCUCCUGGAAAUAUAACUUCUGGUGCUGGAGAAAUGGAAAUGAUGAUUGAGGUUAAGAAGGAUGAAGCCGACAAUGACAGGGAUUUGCUGCCAUAUGACACACUUCACAUUUAUGGCUACGAAGGUGCUGAGUCCACUGCAGAAUCUCUCAGUUCUUUGGAAUCAGGCUCCUCAGACUCAGAUAUUGAUUAUGACUUUCUAAAUGACUGGGGACCCAGGUUUAAAAUGUUAGCUGAGCUGUAUGGAUCAGAACCAAGUGAAGAUUUUGUGUAUUAAGUUCAAAUUAGCCAUGAAUUUUCUCCCUCCCACUACAGAUAGACAUCAAGAGCCUGCCAAUGGCCAAAGAAGAACUCACAGCUCUUCACCCAAGCCAUACCAGGAUUUCAAACAGCAGUAGGGUUAAAAAGAAACACACAGAUCACAUACAUUGACUUCCCCCAGCACUGCUAUCCUUGCUAAUAUUCAGUUCUUUCCCCAAAAUUGCUGCUCGAGGACCUGCUCGAGUCUUCUAGGACACAACUCCUCCCCCUAUCCAGAUAGACACUUCUCCUUAAAAAGUGGUUUUGUCCCCAGUUUCUCGCUCAUUCCUCUCCUCCUGUACUGUUUUCAUCAACCUGCAUUCAAGGUCACCAUCCACUGGAACAGAGGCGUUCGGUGGCUUUGGGAAGGAAUGUUUUGAAUAACCUCCUGUAUCUCUAGCCGGCUGGUUUGCCUGGCCCUCUUGUAACAUCUUUAUUGAUAUUCCACGCUUAUGCUUACCCAGCAGAGGAGAGGAGGAACAUAUGGUCUAUCACUUAAUAUUAGAAAUUAUUCCAUCACUUUCAAAAAAAGGCAUGAUUUUUCUUUCUUUCCAAUCUAUUAAUUAUUCUUGCUUUAUAGUCUUCUACUACAUAUAUGAGUUACUAAAGAUAAAAUUAGACAGGAUUUUUACAUGCACAAUCUGGUUUCAUCUGUCAUUUUUAACAGCCUGAUGAUGAUUUCAGGCACCUUUCUGGCGUGCUAGAAUUUGCUCUAGCUAGCAGCAAAAUUGUUUUUUCUUUCUGUAAAUGGGAUCUCGGCGUUACUCAAUGGAACAUAUCCUGCAGGGCAGGAAAUGUGGAGAUCAGGGGAAUGUUAAGACUCCAAUACUGUAAAUCUCUCUAGAUGGCAACAUAGGUCUCUCUAGAUUUCUAAAGAGGUUGAAUAGGUUUUUUAUUCAAUGUUAUUAAAGCAAUUGUAUUUUUUUCAGGGACAAACAAAUGAAGGGCCUCAUUACUGUGAAACUGUUUUGAUUUUUUUCUAAGCAGGUACUGUAAAACAGGUAUUUUCCACCUAGGAAGAUAUUGUAGACUUCCAAACCGGAAUGCUACACACCCACACAUUUUUCUGCAUGAAAGAACCGCAAAUAUAACUAAGGUUUUGGAGUUGCAACUACUAUGUCCCUGGUAAGCGUGCGUUUAGUUUCUCACCUGACGAAGAGCCACAGAAUGAAUAGAAUGAAACUUCGCAUGCAGGAAGUCACCCAGCCAAAUACAUUUUGUAAAAAGCAGGUCUCUUAGGACAAUGGCCUGUCUCUGGCUUCUGGCAAUGCAGAUUCCCGUUGCCUUCAACAGGAACAGAGGCCUACCACACAGAUACUCAAUUUUGCAGAAUCCGUGCUGGAGCUGUAUAUAUUAGUUUAGUUGAUUCGAUUAUUUAAAUUUGGUAGCUAACCAAAUAACACUAAAUCUUUUUUUUUUUUUCCUAAACCAGUAUAGUGGAACCUCAUAAAUUUGCUUUUCACUUAUUCAUGUCAUCUCUAAUUUACACUCCCUUUCUCCAAAAUGCUUUCUUGGCAGGAAACAGCAAUGCAUUAUAAUAUGGUCUCACAUUAGUCCUCACUAUUGUAAAAAGUUAUCCAAUACAAUACUUAGCUGGACACUAACACCCUACUAUCAUCAAUAAUGCAAUCACUCAAAUUUUCAAAUAUGAACUAAAGGAAAACUAGGUAGAAUUCUGCCCAUCAGUCAAAUCAGCUUUGGAUCACAUCCUUUAUAAAAGAAGUACUUUUGGGGAUGACAGCCUUGGUUUUAUUUUUAAUGUGCUCAUUCUCUUCUGUUUUUCUUAAUCCAGUCAACAAUGUAUGCUAUUGAGGUUUCACAUGUUAGUAUAUUAUAAAGAAUGCUAACUAAUAAUACUUACAGUUUAAGGUUUUCAUCAGUAACUAAGGUAUUGGCUAUCAACAGGUAAAGUUAGUCAUAAAAUUAUUUAGUGCAGUAAGUAAAGUACUUUGGUAAGCAUCAUCCAGAUAGUAUUACCUGUAAUCACUAUUUUUAAGCCUGUUUUAUAAAGCUAUUUUAAGGAACACUGUAUCAAUUUCACUGCAUAAAGAUGUUUGCACUGGAUAGUUUCUUUUUAUAUUCCUGUACUGUAUUUUUUUUUUAACUACAUAAAAGCCAAUCUCAAGUUU